GUUUGUGAAGAUGUGGUGGUUGAUGAGAAAAGGAAAGAAGCUGAUGCCGGUGAGGUGCUUGAGGGUGGUGAUGGUAGUGGAGAUUUAACAUUGAGUCAGCUAGUUAGGGAGGGAAAGAAAAAAUUUAAAGUGAAGAAUGCAGGAAGCUCAUCCGGUGUUGAUAUUGAUGUGUUGAAGGGUGCUGUGUUGCGAUAUGCAAGGGAUUCGAAUAACUUGAAGGAAAUCCUUUUCAGUCGCGUUGAUGGAUUCGAUUGCUUGUAUAGAAAGGACACAGAGACUUUGGCACAUGGGAAAUGUGUGAGUGUGGAUGUUAUUGACUGCUAUGCUGCCUAUCUGAAUCGGGAGCAAGUGAGAAGAGGGCAACUGAAAAGAUGGGUGUUCUAUUCAGGGCUGGCGCAAAGAGUGCAGGGGAUAGUGAAGAACGAAGGACCACUGCCUAAUUUUUUUGAAGAGACUGAUGAAAUUAUUACAAGUUGCAAGUGGAUACCAGAUGGUUUGGAUUUCUCACAAUGUGAUUAUUGGAUGUUCCCCCACUGUUCUGAUGACCACUACAGGAUGUAUGUAGUGAAUCUGAAGAACAAACGGUAUGAUUAUCUUGACAGCCUUUACCCUGACGACCUUGAUUCCAAGUUUCGUGCUGUUGCGGAUAUGGUGGUCCGCUAUGCCACAGAAUACAUUCCUGCCUGCAGAAAAGAGCCCUUCAAAUUUGAAGAAUUCAAGUGGGUUAGACAGCGAGGGGUGAGACAACGUGGUGGGAUUGACUGUGGUGUUUUUACUAUGAAUUUUGCUGAGUUUUGGGAUGGCAAACUGCAUCCAGCUAUGAGGAAUUGGCAAAGACAAAUCAAUCAGAGGCGGGAUGAGAUCACAUUAACAUUGCUGCUGAACAAGGAGAACAGUGUACUUGAAGAGGUGAAGAAGAAGAGUUUGGAGUUUGAUCGCAAGGUGGACUAGCUGAUUUUAGCAUGCAUUUGCAAGAACAGUUUCAGAUUUCAGUGUGUUAAUAUGUGUUUUAGUGUGUUAAUGGUGUUGAUUAAGAGGAUUUGUGUUCGUCGUGUAUGGUGUGUAUUAUAAGACAAGUGGUUUGUGUUAAUACAUAAGUGGUUUGCUUAAUGAGUG